CAGCUCCACCCCACUUCAGGUAUAGGACAGAGACCCUACAGGACGUAUUAAACCUACAAGCUCUAGUCAAGGGUCCCACUGACUCUGUACAGCUUUAUCCAGGUAUCCAUCAGAAGGUAGAAAGGCAGGCUGCAGGGGUCUAGGCAUGACCCUACAAACCAGCCCCACUGAGAGCGCUGUGUAUUCCCAGUUAAAACCAGUAAACAUGUCUGUGGAGGGUGUGGAAGACAGCGGCGUGUUUGAGGAUAUCAAACCUGCUAUAAGGAUGCUGGCCAGUCAGCCGGAGCUCAGCGAGCAUGAAAGAGCCGAAAUGGACAAGUAUCUCCUGAGCCACUUUCCUCCUCUGCAAAUCCUUUCUGACAAGAAGUAUCGCAGGGAAAGUGCCUCUGUUGUGGAUGAAUUCUUUGAAGCAGAGAAGCCACAGGCCCCUUACAGUGUAAACAUUAAUGUAAUCCUGCCUGACACGGCUCACCUUCGUACAGGUCUCUAUCGGCCAUCCAAGACUUUCACUGUUCUCCCUCAAGUGAAAACAGAGCCAGGCAGCAACUUCCCACAACCCUGCUCUGCUUCCUUGACCCAGACUCUACCAGAUUUUACCAGUGUGUUCAGUAUGCCCCACUCUGUUGCAGUUAAUAACAUUUUCAUCAAACAGGAGGCCCCUUCAGAAGUCCCUCUUUCAGUGCCUGCAUCUAUCCAAACUCAAGUCUAUCCUAUGUCCAUGGCCAAUGAAACGUUGAGCUUGACCCAGUCUAGUGGAACCACAUCUGUGGUAAAUUCCAUCAGCGGAGUAACUAUGGCAACAGACAAUAGUGGCCCCUCUCCUUUGCCCCAGCCAACAAGAAUUCAUCAAGUCAAGCAAUACCAGACCCUGGGGCAUGAUGUUGUUCAGGUUUCUGGGCAGUUUUAUCACUCUCCUGGUGUCUCACUUCCACCGUCACCCCCCAAUUCUCAACCAGGGAGCCCGGAAAAUCAGCCAGAGUUGAUGAAUACAAUUUCUCCCCCUCCACCAUAUGAGGCCGCAUUUGGACUGAAACUAGAGCAACCCCAACAUAUUCCCACUGUACUCAGCUCAAUGGUGUCCGUGCUUCCACAUGGGCAGUUGGUAAUGACAGUACCCAAAUACAACAGGCGGAAUAAUCCUGAGCUAGAAAAGAGAAGAAUCCAUCACUGUGAUUUCCCAGGUUGCACAAAAGUCUACACCAAGAGUUCACACCUCAAGGCACAUCAACGGACACAUACAGGAGAGAAGCCAUAUAAAUGUGCCUGGGAGGGCUGUGACUGGCGCUUUGCCCGUUCGGAUGAGUUGACGAGGCACUACCGCAAGCAUACAGGUGCCAAACCCUUCAAAUGCGCCGCCUGCGGGCGAUGCUUUUCUCGCUCCGACCACCUCGCUCUGCACAUGAAGAGGCAUCAAAACUAGACAUCAUGUCUGCUGCUCAGUCAACAAGGCAGCUGAACCAAAGAACAAAAGUGCUCUAAGAAACAGACAUGCUAUUGGCAUUGAAAUGGUGAUGGCAGUGUGUGUGUGUUUGUUUGUGUGUGUGUGUUGUCUGCAUGAAGUAUAGAAAGUACUAAAAAUUGCACAAGAGGCAGUUUUUAUCACAACAUUGUUGCAACAUUUGGACUGCCUUCAUAUCAUAUCUUACAGUAAUGAGCAUAAACACGAGAUUCUAAUGAGUAUAAUGGCUUGUCAGUGGAAUAAGCCACACAGCUGAGUUAGGCCAUUGUCCUCUUAAUGUUCUUCAUCUGCAAAUUCCAGUCAACCUCCUUGCCAAUAAUGAACAUUGCCUUGGAUUUGUUUCCUUCCAAUGGACAGAAGCCUCAUCAGACACUUUCCUAUUGUCCAAAUGUCUUCCACAGAGUAAGGCUUCCAUUGCAUAAGUUAUGGGAGAUCUUGAUUGGAUCAUAAGACAAGUGACUUCACCCAAAAGAACCAUUGAAACUGCUAGCACUCACACUGCAGUCCAUUCUUCGCCAUUUCAUGCGUGAACUGUUUUGCAACUUGAUGAGGUUCUUUGCUGUGUAUAAAAGUUUUUCAACUAACUGUCACCUCAGCUUGUGACUUUUGAACAGCACUUCCAGUUCCGACAUGGCACUGUGACAGUGAAUCGUCUGCAAACAUGAACAAAAGUUUUUUUCUGGCAGGGGACUGGAAGAAGAUUUUAAAAAGAAGCUGCAAAUUGGAGUAUUAAUUGUCUGGAACUUUGCUGUUUAAAGCAUAUAAUGCAGUAUGUUGUGCCAUCUAGACUGUGUGCCUGUAUAUGGUGCAUGGUUUGAGGACAAAACAAUGAUCAGGUGAUCAAUCAUUUACAUUUUAAUAUUCAUAUACUGAUUUGUUUUUGUACAACCAAUGUUGACAACCUACAUUUAUAGCCUAUACAGUGGAUCAGCCAAAGAAUCUAUGUAGAUUUGCACUGGUUUUAAAUGGCAUUUUAAUGCAAACAGUAAGAUACUACUAAAUGAAAUAUUUGGUGUAUGCUCCUGAUGGUUGCACCUUUAAUCCUGCCCUUUAGAUAUAUAGUACAGGUAUAGGAUACCUUAUCCGGAAAUCCGAUAUCCAGAAAGCUCCAAAUUAUGGAAUGGCUGUCUCCCAUAGGAUUAUUUUAUCCAAAUUAUCCAAAUUUUUAAAAAUGGUAUCCUUUUUCUCUUUAAUAAUAAAACAGUAGCUUGUAAUAGAGCCAAACUAAUAUCCUUAUUUGAACCAAAACCAGCCUAUUGGGUUAACUUAAUGUUUAAAUGAUUUCUAGUACACUUAAGGCAUGAAGAUCCAAAUUACGGAAAGAUCCGUUAUCCAGAAAACCCCAGGUCCCGAGCAUUCUGGAUAACAGGUCCCAUACCUGUAUAUACUACCAAAUACAUCUGCCUUUCUUUAUAUGAUACAUUCUAUACAAUACAACAUGUUCAACAUGCACUCCCUUUAGGCUAUCUUUCUUGAUACAUACUUUUAAUUCUCUUUAUUUAAAAUAUACUUAUUGUGAGCAUCAUCUUUUUUUUUUUUUUUUAGAUUCCCUUAAAAUGCAAGUCCAUACCUCUAUGCACUAAAAAAAGUGAUUUAGGAACUUCCCUUCUUUUCAACUUCCUUUUAUUAGAUUGAUCUUAGUGGGUUCCAUCGCAAUUGUCUUUACUCUCUAUAUCAGGGGUCCCCAACCUUUUUUACUCGUGAGCCACAUUUAAAUGUAAAAAGAGUUGGAGAGCAGCACAAGCAUGAAAAAGUCCAUGGGGGAUGUCAAAUAAGGGCUGUAAUUGCCUGUUUGGUAGCCUCUAUAUGAACUGAUAGCCUACAGGAGGCUCUGCUUGGAAGUACACCUGUUUUUUAUGCAAACUUGCCUCCAAGCCAGGAAUUCAAAAAUAAGCACCUGCUUUGAAGCCACUUUGAGCAACAUGUUGCUCGCGAGCUACUAGUUGGGGACCACUGCUCUAUAUAUUCUCUUGCUGUACCGAUGAUCUGUGUUUACUAAUGCUCAAGGACGUUCAACCUUUUUUGUUUGUAUAUAUAUUUUUUUACAGAUUGAAAUAAAAACAGUGUACAUUUUUUAAUACUUUGAAUAAAUAUGUAAAUAAC